CCGUCAUCUCCCCCCUCCCCCCUUCUCUCUCUCCCCUUCCCUUUCCUUCUUUCUUUCUCUCUCUCUGAAAAUUGGGGCUCUGAUUGCAAUUUCCUCUGUAGCUGUUGCUUCGAGGCCUUCCUUUAUUGGUUGUCCUUGUUUUUAGAAUGAUAAUUGCACUUCAAUGCGCUUGGAUUGAUUGAGGGGUCUGUAAAUAUUUGGAAGAUUUAUUUGUAGGUGUGAAUCAUAAGGAUUCUGUUCAUUUGUGGAAUUUUUGAUGGAUCUGCAAUCUUUGUUGGCUCAUUUUGAUAUGUUGAGAUGUUUGUGAGGUGACUCUGUUUGGAAGGUGGGGUUUACAACUUGUAACCCAGAAGCAGGAGAAGGAAUAGAUUGUGGAAAAUCAUGGGGGAAGCUCUUCUCACAACCUUGUCCAUAGAGAAUUCUCAUUUGUCUACAUUAUUGUCUAUGGAUUCGAGUUCUUUGUCGCAUGAUGAAUUGGAAAGAGAGAUGAAUCGAACUUUCAUACUUUCUCGUCCUCCUGAUAUCAAUCUCCCGCUACUUUCUGAGCCCAGCCCACCUCCUCAAACCUGGAAUGAUUCAUGCGACAUCUUGGAUGUAGGCCUUGGGUCUCAAGUUUAUGAGGCUGAGGCAACAAUCAGUCUCCCCAAAGUUGUAAGGAAAUGCAACAAGAGACUUGAUAGCGUUUGGGGUGCAUGGUUUUUCUUCAGCUUCUAUUUCAAGCCUGUGUUGAAUGAGAAGUCCAAGUGUAAGGUCAUUCGGGACAGUAAUGGGGUGUCUGGGUAUGACAAAACAGACUUGCAGUUAGAUGCUUUCUUGGUUCAGCAUGAUAUGGAGAACAUGUAUAUGUGGGUUUUCAAGGAUAGGCCUGAAAAUGCAUUGGGUAAGAUGCAGCUGAGGAGCUACAUGAAUGGGCAUUCUCGCCAAGGAGAACGUCCAUUCCCAUUUAGUGUCGACAGGGGUUUUGUUCGGUCUCAUCGGAUGCAGAGGAAGCACUAUAGGGGUCUUUCUAAUCCGCAGUGUGUUCAUGGGAUAGAAGUUGUUCGAUCACCCAACCUCAUGUGUCUUGAUGAUGAAGAGAGGAAGAGGUGGACAGAGCUUACAGGCCGAGAUAUAAAUUUCUCAAUCCCUCUUGAAGCAAGUGACUUUGGCACUUGGAGGAACCUACAAAAUACAGAAUUCGAGCUUGAACGGCCAGUCCCUCCAUCAAAGAACAAUAUAAAUUCUCACCCAAGAAAAUUACUUGAUGGUACUGGUUUAAAUUUGUCAACUCAGCCAUCAGAGCAUGUGAACAAUGAGGGGAUGGACCUAUCCCCGGUCUGCAACAAGCGAAAGAAGGACCUUUUCCCCCAUGGGAGUGACAGUGAUUGUUGUUUACCUAAUAACCCUCAUUUUGACAGAGUUUUGGAUGGCAAAGUCUACCCAGUUGAGUCACCUUGGUUUAAUGAGUUUAGUGGGGUAAUGAAGAAUGCAUCUGGGCCUGUUACAGCUGCGAAAACAAUAUAUGAGGAUGAUGAAGGGUUUUUGAUCAUUGUCAGCUUGCCUUUUGUAGAUCUUCAAAGGGUAAAAGUUACUUGGAAGAAUACUCCGUCACAUGGGAUUGUAAAGAUAUCUUGUGUGAGUACAGCUUGUAUUCCAUUCAUUAAGAGACGUGAUAGAACAUUUAAGCUAACAGAUCCAACACCGGAGCACUGCCCUCCUGGGGAAUUUGUGAGGGAAAUUGCUCUCCCUACCCGUAUUCCAGAAGAUGCAAAACUGGAAGCGUACUGCGACGAGACUGGAACAAUGCUCGAGAUUAUGGUACCAAAACGUCGAGUGGGACCAGAAGAACAUGAGGUCCGUGUGUGUCUUCGUCCCUCUCCCUGGAAUGAAAGAGAGCAUCUGUUGACCUAAAGGAGCCAUUAAGACGACAGAUGCAAGAAACAUUUUUUGCUGUUUCAUUGUUUUUUAACUUUGAUUCCACCGAGGAAAUCUAUUUAAUGAAAUCUGAUUUUUUUUUCUUCUUUUCCCUUUAGAUAUUUAAACCCCCACCCUAAGGGAAAAAAAAAAGUGAGAAAAAGUUAGCAGCCUUUCUUUCCCUUUCUUUUUAUACAAUUUGUCAGAUUGAUGUUGAUUUAUAGAUGGUAUGGUAAGAAACUGCUGUGUAUCUUAUGUUUUAUUGGCCUUAUGCCUUUUGCUUAUAGCUUUGCACUAAAAAUCCUGGUGCAUAGCAUCUGGUUUCGGGAGUUAGACAUUAUUAUAAAGUUUGAUUCCCAUGUUAUGCUUGGAUUGAAGGUUCUUUGUAUAAAGGAAAUAACUUAUGGUUGACUC